UUCAGUCUACUGUUUAGUUCCGUAGUGCUCAGGAGUUCAUUUGGAUUGUUGAGGUGUUAACAUGUGGGGUGUUCCAUGUCGGUGGUAAAGUAUUAUUAUUGUUCUUUGUCUUUCGGACCUGUUAAUAUUCUAUGCGUUGUAAUCUAUAGAACAGUUCCAUGGAACAGACUAUUUAGGUAGGACAACUGUGUGUGUGUUUUCAAAUGAUUAGGAUGGACGCACACAUGGAAGAAAGUGAUGAAAGAUCAGUGGAAAGAACGUUGACAGCAGAUGAACGCAGCAAAUUGGAGAAUCAAAAUAGCAGACUAGUUCCUCAGUUUCUGGCAACGAAAUUAGAAUUAGAAGCAAAGAAGAAUUGGGAUCUUUUUUAUAAACGAAACGACACGCGUUUUUUUAAGGAUAGACAUUGGACUGUUAGAGAAUUCAGUGAAUUAUCAGAGUGUUCUGCAAGUGAAAAAUCGAAAGUUCUUUUAGAAGUGGGUUGCGGAGUGGGAAACUUCGUUUACCCAUUAAUUGAGGAGAAAUUGAAUUUGUUCAUUUAUGCAUGCGAUUUCUCGCCGAGAGCAAUAGAAUACGUGAAGUCGCAUUCGUUGUACGAUGAGACGAAGAUAAAAGCGUUUCAGGUGGACAUAACAACUGAUGAAAUAUUUCAUUAUUUACUAUGUGGAUCAGUCGAUAUUGUAACAUUGGUCUUCGUACUUUCUGCUAUUCAUCCAGAUAAGUUCUUGCAAACAUUGAGGACAUUAUUUAAAUUGUUGAAGCCAGGAGGAAUUUUGCUGUUUCGAGAUUAUGGUCUUUACGACAUGGCACAACUCAGGUUUAAAGCAGGAAAUAAAAUAGCGGAAAAUUUUUAUAUGCGCCAGGACGGUACAAGGAGCUAUUACUUUUCGGUUGAAGAAGUUCACCAGUUAGUGAAAGAUGCUGGAUUUCAAGUAACCACUAAUUCAUACAUUUACAGGCGAACAGUUAACAAAAAGGAAGAAAUUGAUGUACCCAGAAUUUUUAUUCAAGGAAAAUUCAGAAAAGUUCCUUCAUAAUAGGGUAGAGAGAGCAGCAGUGUCAAAAUAGUGCUGCAGACAAGUUAUUUGUGCUGUGCCUUAUGGCACUCAAUGGAAGAAUUUGGGUUUGGCAGAUGCCUGGUGAAUGUUACCUGCCAUGUCCACUAUUAGAUGCCUGGAUACUUCUGAUCAGAAAUGUAAAUAUAUUACAUAUGUGAUGUUGAAGAAAAGGCCAUAACAUUUUGACACAUGGUGUGAAUGUAUGGGUAGACUGCUAUCUGUACUGUUUGGAUAGUGAAUUGUGUGCCAGCUGGUCUCGGUGGAAAUUACAUUAAAGAUGGAGAAGUGAAUUGGGUGCAAUGAAUUAAAGAUGGAACACAGGUGCAGUUGCAGUAAUUUAAGGUGAAUGCUGUGCCAGUAACACGAAGGGGUAGAGAGAGCAGCAGUGUCAAAAUAGUGCUGCAGACAAGUUAUUUGUGCUGUGCCUUAUGGCACUCAAUGGAAGAAUUUGGGUUUGGCAGAUGCCUGGUGAAUGUUACCUGCCAUGUCCACUAUUAGAUGCCUGGAUACUUCUGAUCAGAAAUGUAAAUAUAUUACAUAUGUGAUGUUGAAGAAAAGGCCAUAACAUUUUGACACAUGGUGUGAAUGUAUGGGUAGACUGCUAUCUGUACUGUUUGGAUAGUGAAUUGUGUGCCAGCUGGUCUCGGUGGAAAUUACAUUAAAGAUGGAGAAGUGAAUUGGGUGCAAUGAAUUAAAGAUGGAACACAGGUGCAGUUGCAGUAAUUUAAGGUGAAUGCUGUGCCAGUAACACGAAGGGUCAAUAAUGGAAAUCUUGUAGGACCUAAUGACAACUAUAUGGACUCUACUUCAACUGACAACAAAUCCUGUGAAUCUUCACAUCUGGCUGUAUAUGGUGACAUCUAUGAUGUGUCAAUUGGAUGAGGACACACCAUAAAGAUAUUACUUUGCCUAUGUCAUGAAAGUUUUGUGGAAACUAGACACUCAUUUUGAUUAUUGGAGAGUGUUUGAGGUUUUCUUAGAAGCUGUGAAAUUAGUGGCAGUUGGUACUUCUCUGAUGUUAUUACCUUCUGAAAUGUCUGAAGCUUCUGCAAUUUGUAGAGAACUGGGUGGGUAUAUUUGUGCAGCAUGUUAGGAGAAAUUGUAUAAUGGAAAUGAGGAUGAUCACAUCCACACCAUUCACGAUGGCAGUUACUCCAUGAGGUGAUGCUGGUGCCGAUUCAGAUUUAGCCCACUGCUUUCAUCACAUAGCUAAAAACUUUAGGAAAACAUGAAGGAUCACAGCAACGUUGGACAUUGUCUGGCUCAAUGUACUUCUCUGUAUGUUCAGGAGGUAUGGCAACAGAAAAAUUUGGUUUAGAGGAAGUAAGAGGGGAUUACGUACUGAGCCUAAAGCUUUACAAUGGGCCUCUAGCUUUGCAAGACAUUUCACAGUAUUGGAAGCGGAAGAAAGCAGAGCUGUUUCCGAAUGUAUCAAAGUAGUCCAAAAUAAUGGAAUUGGUUUACAGCCUCAUGGCAGAAGCGAACCAAUCUUUCGGAAAGAGAGCAACCAUACUGCGAUCAUGAAAAAGGUCUUAUCCAUUCUUUUAAAAUAUAACUGUUUCAUCUGAAAAUUUGUGUUAUAAUAAUUACACGUGCUUAUACCAUUAAUUUGAUUGAUCCAAAGUUUGCCCAAUUUUUUUCAAAUGGGGUUAGAAUUAUAUAACAAAAUUAUCAAUGAUUUGAAUUGAGAGGUACAGAACAUAUUGUCAUCUGGAUAGGAAGAAAAUGUAUUUUGUAACAUAUGGUAUUACUGUUACCAUUUUGGUGAUUCACUUUUAUCGCUAAAUAAAUUCCUCUUUAUUCAAUGUGAUGAGUAUACUGAUAAAGCAUGUCAGUUUCUGACAAAUUUAGUUCCUUAGUUCAGUAAAAAGGAUGGUAUCAAUGGAAAAGACGAUAAUGUUGAUGUAUAUGUAUCUAAUACAAAAUUAAAUAUAUUAUGUGUUGUUGGUACUCCAAACAGUAGUAAAAAUUGGUUCUUUGACUUCUGAAUCUCUUGCAUUACGUAUUGGCCAUAUAGAAAGGUGUAAUAACAAAACUAAUGAAUUGGCAUUACAAGGUGCAGCAAAUGGACUGCUAAUUAUUGUUAAUGAAAUAUCAAUUGAAUGUGGUGCUCUAAAAGAUUUUUAAAAAAGUAUGUGAAGGAAUUGCUUGUAAUGUUAGAAUGAAGUUAAGAGGUGACCAAAUUCUGUGAUGUACACAUGUUUUACUUAUCAGAAUUUCAGAGCUAAUCAGAAUUUCAGAACUAAUCAGAAUUUCAGAACUAAUCAGAAUUUCAGAAGUAUUCGUGUUACAUAUAAAUGGAAAGGUAUGAUGAAUUAAAACAUGCUUGUAAAAAGCCAUAUCCAAUGGCAUUCUUCCAAUUAUUGGAAAUGUGUAAUGUGUCUUAUUAAAUGGAUUUGGCAUUUGGGAAUGGAAAUGGAAACAUUGUAU